CUGGAGCUCAUUUAUGGUCCGCAUAGGAACUCCUCCUCAAGACUUUCGAGUCUUUCCUUCUACUCUCGGACAAGAAACACUCAUACCCGUGCCUGAAGGCUGCACUCAAGAUGAUCCAGCCAAUUGUGGUAGUCUGCGAGGUGUGAUGCCCUUCCAGGGUGAUAUCAGUACUGGCUUCUUGAGCAAUGCUUCAACGACUUGGACCGAUAUUGGCGUCUAUACAACAGAUUUGGAAACAAAUAUUGGCAUCAACGCCAAUGGCGCCUAUGGAUUCGAUACUGUCGGUCUCCAAGUCGAAGACUCAGGAGGCAUCCAGCAGACACAUCAAGUGGUUGCAGGCAUUGCGGAUAAGAGUUUCAUGUACGGUCUCUUUGGGUUGGGACCGAAACCAUCCAACUUCUCCGUCUUGUCAAAUCCACAACCGUCGUUCUUGACAUCCUUACGGGAAAACAACACAAUACCCUCCAAGUCAUAUGCUUACACUGCAGGCGCUUCUUACCUUCUCGGUAGUCUUACCCUGGGUGGUUACGAUGCAUCACGUAUGGACGGCAAUGGAAUUAUCUGUCCCUUCGCCUCGGACGACUCGAAGCCACUUCAAGUAGGCGUCACACAAAUCACCGCCCGAAACACACUUCUCGGCACUGCAACACUAUAUUCAACUGGCUACUUUUCUGUGGUCGACAGCACAGUGCCACAUAUCUGGAUGCCACAAGCAGCGUGCGACAACUUCGCGUCCAACUUCGGCCUCAACUACGACAAUCAAACAGACUUAUACCUAAUAAACGACACAAUGCACACGAAGCUUCAACAACUGAAUCCAACCAUAAUUUUUCAGCUGUCUCCACAGACGACCGACGGAGGUCUAAGUACAAACAUUGUCUUGGAAUAUGCUGCAUUCGAUCUACAAGCAAGUUAUCCUUAUUACACAAACAGCACAAGAUAUUUCCCUAUUCGAAGGGCAGCGAAUAAUACACAAUACAUCCUCGGACGCACGUUUCUUCAAGAAGCGUACGUGAUAGCCGACUACGAACGCAACAACUUCACUAUCACGCAAGCUGCGUUUGCCAAUCCCAUGCCCGCUCAAAAUCUCGUCUCCAUUCUACCACCCGGUGUCAACGCAACAAAUUCAACAGGAGGUGACGAUGGCGUAGUAACGAGACCUUCACCUAUCCUAUCACGCAACGUGAUUAUUGGUAUUGCUGUUGGUGUCGUUGCUGGCGCUGCUCUCGUCCCUCUUCAUCUUCNNGGCACAGUCUUCUACGUGCGCCGUCGACGUCGACAACGCGAGGCUCAAGCUCUUCUCACCACUAACCCAGAUCUCGACGACGCGGCGGCAUCGAACCAUCUUUCUGCACCCGCAGAAGUGGAUGCAGCUGUAAAGCUAGAACUACCUAGCGACUCCGAAGCUGCUUUGAACGAGAUGCCCACAGGACAUGAGAAGUGUGGAUGGCAUGCGCAUGAGGUGCAAGGAAGCAAGGUGCAGCCUAGAGUGGAGAUGAGAGGAGGUUGGGAACCGCCAGAAUUGGACGGGAGGAAUUUGAAGGAUGGGACGAGAGGAGGCGUAUUCGAAUUGGAAGGCAGUGAACCCGUGCAGCAUCCACCGAGGGAGAGUACAAGACAAGAAGGACACACUAGAUUUUCUUGGGAACGG